UAAGUAAUUACAUUUCUUUACCUAUAAAAAUAUUGUGUUCUAGUUUUAUUCUUUUUAUCAUCAUGAUGGUAAAGACUAGUUUCAUUCUACUUUUAUUUGUAUUUGUGUUUUAUAAAAUCAGUGCACUAAACUUGGUCACAGAAUUAGAUACUGUUGAUGUACAAGAUGUAAAUAUUCCAGAUGACAUUAAAGUGGACGCAGCAGAACUUGUGGCUGCUGAAAGUAAUGAUGAAAUUUCCCUUGAUAACAAAGUUCCUGACUUAAAAGUUCAAAUUGAUUCCGAAAUAAUGGAGACAGCUGGGAGCAACAACUAUGUUUAUAGACCACUGUAUGUUUAUAGAAAAAUUGAACAUAGGAAAAAGAGGAUAAAUAUGUACAACGCUUUUGCGGGUUAAAGAUUUUUGUACUACGAGUACUGUGGCUGUGUAGAGAUGAUACACUAGAGCAAAACGGUAGGACCCAAUUAAGUGACUAAUACCUUGUUAAGAAUUGGCAAUAAAAAUGCUAUAGAAUUAUCGAAAACAAUUAAAAGUAGCGACUGUUAAACUAACAACGUUCAGAUCGUUUGAAGACCUGGCUUUGCUAAAACAACUCGUGUACAUAAAUAAAAAUGUGUAAAUAUCGGUUUUUUACAUCAUUUUGCAUUGGGAUUCUGAGUGUCCGUAUCACUAUAGCAGGAAUAUCACCAGUUCAUGAUGUCUCUCAGAAAUUGAAUAUGAAAACCAGUGAUAAAUUUCUAAACACACCUUACAAAGUUCUGAAACAUCUUGAUAACACUGUGUUCAAAAAUAGCAAGAAUUUGACCGAUAAUCCACAAACAGAAGAAACUCUUUAUCAAAUAUCAAAGGAUUUGGUUUCUGCAAUUUUAUCAAAGUUAGAGAUUCAAGACAAAAUAACAAGGAUCACUAGAGAAGCUCUUGAAGCACCUGGUAAGAGUAAAGGCAUCACUGCUAUUGAAACACGACGAAUUCUCGAUUAUAUAUCAAGGACCUUAUCUGGACACAUUUUGAGUAUUACAAGAGCGUCUACGGAACCGGAGCUUCACCGCUUAGUUUAUGGCCUGGGUCAAAUUGCAGCUGAAGUCUCUAUAGUAUCUGCUUUAAAAGAUAUUACAUAUGCUACGGCUCUGUCAAAGAAGCAAUCAGUGGAUCUAUCAUUGCGAAAGAAAAGAGAUGCACCUGCAGAUGUUCUUUCUACUACUUCACGUGCUCCUCCAGUAAUUUUACCAUCAACUGCUCAUCCCAUUCUCCACAGUAUUCUUAUAAAUAAGUCACUCUCAGCUAGCCAAGCUAAAGCCAAUUCUACGGUACGGCCAUACCUAAAACAACCACAUCUUACACCGUAUUCCAUUAUCUCACGAAAUGAAAAAAAGCCGGUAAAUACCAUGAACAUGCCACAUGUUAAGGCAUUGACCACCAAAGGUUUCUUAAAUCGAACUGCCUUGGAUAUAGAAAAUGCUGAAAGAAAUGCUAGCAAUACUGAUCCUAUUGUUAUGGAAAAAUCAAUAAAUGACACACAUAUCGUCUCUGUUGACACCCAGACAUUAGAUGCACAAGAAUUGAACGCACCAGCGCUUAUAGAUGAUUUUGCCGAUCCUAGGGACAAUCUUUACAAAACCGCGAUGAGCGCAGACGUAGCUGCAGACUUGGAGAUUGAUCAACCCGACAAUGCAGAUGAUGAAGCGGCCAAUGAAAAGAAACAAAAGCAGAAAUUAGAGAGAUUGGAAUUGAAAGCUAAGAAAGCCAUACUUUACGCUGGCGACGUUGCAUACUUAACCGCUGCUAGCGUCGUUGCGAUGAGGCGUGCAUUGACGGCAAGCAUCGAAGUCGAAAUGUCGGUGAAAUAUGCUAAGAACGGCAUGUCUAAUCAUCAAGACUUGAUGAUGAAUUUGGCGAAGACUGCAGCUCAACAAGCUGGAAAGGAAGCUAAAAGUGCUACAUCUAAAUCUUUAGCUAGUGAACGCGUUAUAAAAUUGGCUUUGAAGUACACCGCACAAUCACAUGGUGCUAAUCUCAAUCACGUUGCCAACAGGAUUGUAAUGGACACCAUAUCUUUAGCUACACUGGCUAAGUCAAUGGCGUUCGUGUCUUCAGAUAUUGCUAUUAAUUCUUUAUACCAGGCUACUGACGUCAAGCCGCCUUCAUAAAUAGUCUGUUUAUUGUACCGCUUUAAUCUGUUUAGGCAUUAUUAUGUAUAUUUAUUUAUAAAUAAAUGAAUAGACUAGAAUAGAAUCACUUAUUUGUCUAUAGUUAAGAUUCUAUGAGUAUUUGAAAAAUUACAAUUCAUUAAUUUCUAGUUUAUCGUUUACCAUUUGUGAUUUGAUUUCGAUGCAAAAAAUCCUACUUCUAUCUUGUUAUUGCU